AUGGCGACCGCAGAGCGAAGCCGGCCUGUCAGGCAGGGGCGGCCUCCGCCGGCACGACAGCCGAAAGCGAAGCCGUCCCUCCGCCGGCACGACAAUAGUAAAGCGAAGCCAGCCCUGAGAGGCGGCCCCCGUUGGCAUGACGACCGGAAAGCGAAGCCGUCCCUCCGCCGGCACGACAAUGGUAAAGCGAAGCCGGCCUGUCAGGCAGGGGCGGCCCCCGUUGGCAUGACGACCGGAAAGCGAAGCCGUCCCUCAGCCGGCACGACAAUGGUAAAGCGAAGCAGGCCUGUCAGUCAGGGGCGGCCCCGUUGGCAUGACGACCGGAAAGCGAAGCCGUCCCUCAGCCGGCACGAGAAUCGUAAAGCGAAGCCGGCCUCGAAGCCGUCCCUCAGCCGGCACGACAAUGGUAAAGCGAAGCCGGCCUGUCAGUCAGAGGCGGCCCACCGUUGGCAUGACGACCGGAAAGCGAAGCCAUCCCUCAGCCGGCACGAGAAUCGUAAAGCGAAGCCGGCCUGUCAGUCGGAGGCGGCCGCCGUUGGCAUGACAAUCGGAAAGCGAAGCCGUCCCUCCGCCGGCACGACAAUCGUAAAGCGAAGCCAGCCUGUCACGAAGCCGUCCAUAGUCAAGGGCGGCCUCCGCCGGCACGACAAUCGUAAAGCGAAGCCGGACUGUCAGUCAGAGGCGGCUCCCGUUGGCAUGACAACCGCAAAAGGGAAGACGGCCACAGUCAGGGGCGGCCUCUGUUGGCACGACAACCGUAAAGCGAAGCCGGCCUGUCACGAAGCCGGCCUGCCCGGGGCGGCCUCCGUUGGCACGACAACCGUGAAGCGAAGCCAGCCUGGCUGGCAACCGGGGAAAAAGGGUCUGGGGGAUCAGAGUGGAGAACAGAGGUGGGCAUCCUGCUCUCUUCCAUCCUGUGAGGACCCGUGCAAUGGCUGCGAGGCGGGUGACCGGCAUUCUCGGAUAGGGGAGGGCACCAUCUGGGAUCCCGUCUGGGUGCCAAGAGAGCAGACAGAACCGGGCGCUCAGAAGCUUGGAGCGGUCAGCGAGUGGGCCUCCGUCCCCGGAGAUCGGAGGCAGCAGUGGGCUCACAGUCUGGAAAGUGAAGGGGACGUCACGCUGGGGGGCCUGUUCCCCGUCCACGCCCGAGGCCCCGCCGGGGUGCCCUGCGGGGAGGUCAAGAAGGAGAAGGGCAUUCAUCGCCUGGAAGCCAUGCUCUACGCCCUGGACCAGAUCAACAGGGACCCCGAGCUGCUGCCCAACCUGACGCUGGGGGCCCGCAUCCUGGACACCUGCUCCCGAGACACCUACGCCCUGGAGCAGUCCCUCAGCUUCGUGCAGGCCCUGAUCCAGAGGGACGCCUCCGAGCUGCGCUGCUCCGACGGCCGGCGGCCCGUGGUGCCCAAGCCGGAGCGCGUCGUCGGGGUCAUCGGGGCGUCCGCCAGCUCCGUCUCCAUAAUGGUGGCCAACGUGCUGCGCCUCUUUGCGAUCCCCCAGAUCAGCUACGCCUCCACCGCGCCGGAGCUCAGCGACAACAGCCGCUACGACUAUUUCUCGCGGGUGGUGCCCCCCGACUCCUACCAGGCCCAGGCCAUGGUGGACAUUGUCAAGGCCCUGGGGUGGAACUACGUCUCCACGCUCGCCUCCGAGGGCAACUACGGGGAGAGCGGGGUCGAGGCCUUCGUGCAGAUCUCCCGCGAGGCCGGUGGGGUCUGCAUCGCCCAAUCCAUCAAGAUCCCGCGGGAGCCGAAGCCAGGAGAGUUCGACAAGCUCAUCGGUCGGCUGAUGGAGACAUCCAGCGCCCGGGGCAUCGUCGUCUUCGCCAACGAGGAUGACAUCAAACGAGUGCUGGAGGCCGCCCGUCGCGCCAACCUGACAGGGCAUUUUCUCUGGGUGGGCUCGGACAGCUGGGGCGCCAAGACUUCACCCAUCUUAGACCUGGAGGAUGUGGCCGAGGGAGCCGUCACCGUUUUACCCAAACGGGCCUCCAUCGAUGGCUUCGACCAGUAUUUCACCAGCCGCUCCCUGGAGAACAAUCGGCGCAACAUCUGGUUCGCGGAGUUCUGGGAGGACAAUUUCCACUGCCAGCUGACCCAUCUGGGGACCCAACGCGAAGGAUCCUCCCGCAAGUGCACUGGUGAAGAGCGGAUCGGGCGGGACUCGGCCUACGAACAGGAAGGGAAAGUCCAGUUCGUCAUCGACGCGGUGUACGCGGUGGCUCACGCGCUGCACAGUUUGCACCGGGCUCUGUGCCCGGGCCAGGCUGGCGUCUGUCCGAGCAUGGACCCCUCCAACGGACGCCGGCUGCUGCAGUACAUCCGCGCCGUCAACUUCAACGGCAGCGCCGGGACCCCCGUGAUGUUCAACGAGAACGGUGACGCCCCCGGCCGCUACGACAUCUUCCAGUUCCAGCUGACCAACGGCAGCGCCCCCGGCUAUCACGCCAUCGGCCAGUGGACCGGAUUCCUGCGGCUGAACACGGAAGAGAUGCGGUGGUCUGGAGGCCGGCCGGAGGUGCCCCCUUCCGUGUGCAGCCAGCCCUGUGGGCCCGGGGAGCGGAAGAAGAUGGUGAAGGGGGUGCCCUGCUGUUGGCACUGCGAGCUGUGCGACGGCUACCGGUACCGGCUGGACGAGUUCAGCUGCGAGGCCUGCCCCUUCGACAUGCGGCCCACCGAGAACCGCACCGGCUGCCGACCCACGCCCAUCGUCAAGCUGGAGUGGAGCUCGCCCUGGGCGGCCCUGCCCGUCCUCCUGGCCGUGCUGGGCAUGGCCGCCACCGGCUGCGUCCUGGCCGCCUUCGUGCGCUUCAACGACACGCCCGUCGUGCGGGCCUCGGGCCGCGAGCUCAGCUACGCGCUGCUCGCGGGCAUCUUCCUCGUCUACCUCAUCACGUUCCUCAUGGUGGCCGAGCCCGGGGUGGCCGUCUGUGCCGGCCGCCGCCUCUUCCUGGGCCUGGGCACGGCCGUCAGCUACUCCGCCCUCCUCACCAAGACCAACCGCAUCUAUCGCAUCUUCGAGCGGGGCAAGAGGUCGGUGAGGCCCCCGCGCUUCAUCAGCCCCGCCUCCCAGCUGGCCAUCACCUUCGGCCUGACGUCCGUGCAGGUGGUGGCCGCCGCGGCCUGGCUGGGCGUGCGGCCGCCCCGCAGCGUGGUCGACUACGAGGAGCAGCGCGGCCCCGACCCCGAGCGGGCCCGGGGCGUGCUCAAGUGCGACAUGUCCGACCUGUCGCUCGUCUGCUGCCUCAGCUACAGCAUCCUGCUCAUGGUCACCUGCACCGUGUACGCCGUCAAGGCCCGCGGGGUCCCCGAGGCCUUCAACGAGGCCAAGCCCAUCGGCUUCGCCAUGUACACCACCUGCGUCGUCUGGCUCGCCUUCGUGCCCAUCUUCUUCGGGACGGCCCAGUCCGCCGAGAAAAUCUACAUCCAGACGACGACGCUGACCGUGUCCAUGAGUUUGAGCGCCUCGGUCUCCCUGGGCCUGCUGUACGUGCCCAAGGUCUACGUCAUCGUCUUCCACCCUGAGCGGAACGUGCAGAAGAGAAAGCGCAGCGUCAAGAAGGCCGCCUCCGGGGCCUCUCCCAGUGCGGACGGCGAAGGAGGAGAACGCGAGGACGACGCCCUCCCAGCCCGACUGACCUAGCAGACCAGACGUGGACGGAGGGCCCCGCACGCUGCAGCGACAGGGAGAGUGGGGCAGACGA